AUGAAGAACGUUUACCGUGAGGAUGGAGGAGCACAACUUGAAAGCUGCCAAAUCGUGGAAACUCCGUCAUACGUCUUAUUUGGACGUUCUAUGACUAUGGAAAAUGACUUCAAGAAUGAACUGUACAGAAGGAUGAGAUCAGCGUGGGCAGCAUUCGCACCCGUCAGGGAAGCUACGGACGAACUGACGGACCGAGAUCUCCGUGCCCAUUUGUUUGACUUUCUUCCAGCGUUCUGUUACGCCCUUGAGAGAUGUCUUCUGAAAUGUAACCGCACACAACACCUAGUCGGUCUUCGCAGCUCUGACUUAAUAGCAAUGUCCCGUCUUCGCUAA